CCGCCACUCCAGUGUGCACACAUCCUUAGACCCAUGCAUGCGCACUAAGAGCUUGAAUAUAGAUCGAAAACCAAGCAGUAUAUCUCUGACUGCCGGACGGACAGCACCAUGCAUCGCACCACCAUGGCUGUCAACGCGUUCCUGGUGCUGAGCUGUGUGGCCACUGCCCACGCGUGGGGUGGCCUAUUCAACCGGUUCAGCUCCGAUAUGCUGGCUAAUUUGGGCUACGGGAGGGGCCCGUAUCGCCACUAUGCGUAUGGACAGAUGGAGCCAGAGGAGGUGUACGCUGAAGCCUUGGAGGGAAACCGAAUUGAUGACGUCAUCGAUGAGCCGGCCCACUGUUACAGCUCUCCUUGUACCACCAACGGUGAUUGCUGCCGUGGUCUACUAUGUUUGGAAACAGCAGACGACGGCGGCCGCUGUUUGCCAGCGUUCGCCGGGAGGAAGCUCGGUGAAAUAUGUAACAGGGAGAACCAAUGUGAUGCCGGUCUGGUCUGCGAAGAAGUGGUACCAGGUGAAAUGCACGUGUGCCGUCCACCGUCAGCUGGUCGCAAACAGUACAACGAUGAUUGCAACUCCUCGAGUGAAUGCGACAUCACCAGGGGAUUGUGCUGCAUCAUGCAGCGUAGACACCGCCAGAAGCCCAGGAAGAGCUGCGGAUACUUCAAAGAACCCUUGGUCUGCAUCGGUCCAGUAGCUACGGACCAGAUCCGAGAGUUUGUGCAGCAUACAGCCGGAGAAAAACGGGUUGGCGUUUACAGACUACACUAAAUUAACUCACUACAUUUACACAGUAUAUAAUAGACAGUUAAAAUACACACAAAAACUUAUUAACAUGAUAAAUUGAAAUUUUAAAUAGCGAUUGGUAUUCUUAUUCAUAAAGAAUACAAUCAACUAUUUUGUAAAAAUACAGUCAACAAAAAUUAAUUAAUUACAUUACAAAAUGUAAAUACCAAUUGCUAUUUUUAUUUGCAUAGAAUACAAUUAACAAAAAUAAACGAAAUUUUAAUGUAACUGUCCAUUACAGACUGUGUAAAGUAUGUUUCAUAAUAUCUUUUACUAAUAAAAAUAUUAUAAUACUGACUAUACCUAACCAUGUAUGUUAUAUUGACAUAUAAUAAAUACAUCAAUAAUGAAUUACAUGCUUUUAUUAGUAAAAGGUAAGGGGAAUUGGAAAAAAAUGUUAAAAGUUUUCCAUUAGUUUUUUUAAUAUUAUAUUAUAUUAUCUAAAUAUAAAUUAAUUAAAAUAUUGAUAUAAUUCAUACGAACAAUACUUUGGAGAUCAUAAAUAUAAUGUUUCAUGUAACAGGCAGUAAUUACAUGUUUAUGUAUUCGAGAUUAAUUGCAGUGUAUUCUGUAUAACUGUAAUUAAUCUGUAUUUAACAUGUAAUUGUAUUUACUUCACGAUCAUAUGUUAAUUAAUAAUUUAAAAAAAGUCUAUAUAAUUUAUGGUUUGCAACUUUUUAAUUCGAAACUUUUAACAUUUUUUCUAAAUUUUAAAUCAAGCUUGGAAAUUACGUUAUUAAAAUGUAUAGUAAAGAUAAAUUAAUUUGUAAUAUUGUAGUUUAUUUUCGUGAGUUAAAUAACUUCUUAACAUAAUUAAAUUAUUUUUUUAAAUUUAAAUUUAUUAACUAAUUUUCUUAAAUAUCAAUACACUAAUGACUGUUUUUAGCUAUUUUAUACUAUCUAUAUAUUUUUUUUAUGUAAUUAUUACUUUUUUAAUAGUGUAAUUUCGAAGCGUUGUUGGAAAAAAUAAAUGAAUAUAUUGCUUUGAAUAAUGGUUGACCGAUUAGCAAUGAUGCUUUUAUUUCGAAAUUAUUAAAGUUUUAAAAAAUUAAAAAAAGAAUCAUAUAAAAUAUAAUAGACAAAAAUCGAGACAUAUCAUUUUAGUUUUUAUUUUUAAUUAAAUUAAUUACAUGUGUAGAGAUUUUAGAAUUUAACAAAAUUAAUUAUAAUGGAUGUUUAAAAACUAAUUCAUACUUAUGAAUGUUAUUUAAAUAUUAGUAAUUACAGCGUGAAACAUCGCAUUAUUAGUAUUCUAAUAUGUUUAAUCAUUAAAUUUAAAAUUAAACUAUGAUUAGAUUUAAAUAUUAAUUGUAACUAAGUCUUCAAAGAUUGAAACAAAUACAUAUCUUACUGGCUGGGGCAUUUAUGGUAUAAUUGUAGUAUUUAAUAAUAUUGGUGUUAAAUUUAUUAUUAUAUUAAACUACGUACUAAACAUAUCAUGUAUAAGCAUAAGCUGCUCUUUACCAUAUAAGUGUAAUAUAUUUUUUCAUUUUUUCGCUUAAUUUUUUAUUAUAAAAUUUUAGGUAAAAAAAAUUUUCGAAUCAAAACUAUUCUAGGUGCCUAGGUAAAAUACAUAUCAAUAUAAUAAAUAUAGUCGUUUUUUUUUAAAAAUUAAUAUUAGACGUAACACACUUUAUAUAAAAAAAAAAACACACGGUUUUAAGAAAAAAAAAACACACUGUUGUAUUUUAAUAAUGAUGAAAAAACUUAGCCUAAGUACUGUGAUGUGUCUACAUAUUUUCUGAAGAUGUAUAAGUAAAAAUGGGGGAAAAAAAAAAUAAAGGAUAAAAAAAAUAUUUUUCUGCCAAUGAAUCUUCUAAAUAGUUGUUAAAGAUAUCAAAUAUCUUCUCGAAUACAUUUUCUAUUUGUUUACUGGUUACACUUUUCGACAUGGAAUAUUAUAUAUGAAAAGUUACAGAUUGGCCUAAGAAUUAGUAUGGCUUAUAGAAAUAGUGAAGCAAGAAAUUCAUAAUAUAAUUGUUAGCUAGAUAUAAGUUGAAUUGUUGUACUGUACUGCAACUUAUGUAUUAAACAUAUUAUUAUGUGUUAUAAUAUACAAAUUAUGUCUGCAA